AUGGCUCCGAAGGACGACAAAAUCCUUACGGACAAAUUGGUCCAGCGGCAGUCAUUAGUCGCCAUUCGAGACGCUGUUGAGAAGUUCGUCAGAGACUUCGAAGCAGUGCGGGACAGGUGUCAAGUGCAAGUGAGAAUCGAAACCCUAGACCGAGUGAAUGUUGCCUUUUCGGAUAUGCAAGAUACCAUCGAGCGGCUGGAUCCUGAGAAUCUGGAGGCACAUCUGACGGAAAGAGUGGAUUUCGAGCAUCGAUAUUGCGCAGCGAAGGGGUAUUUGCUGUCUAAACGCCCCACCGAUGCUGCCCCAGCACAGCUGAACUCGUCCUUCGUCGCACAACCAGCCCCCUUCCACCUUCGCUUACCGCAGAUCGACCUACCACGUUUCAAUGGCGAUUUUUCACGUUGGUUGUCGUUUCGUGACACAUUCUCGUCCAUGGUCCACUCCAAUGCGGACAUACCAACGGUCGCCAAACUGCAAUAUCUGUUGCAGUCACUCGAAGGGGAAGCGAAGAAACCCUUCGAAUCCGUCGAAAUCGAAGCCGACAAUUACGCUUGCACUUGGGACGCUUUGCUCAAGAGAUACGACAACCGUCGGUUCCUCAAGCGUCAACUGUUCCGGGCACUCUACGAUUUGCCAACAGUGAAGCAGGAAUCUGCUAAACGCCUCCACAGCCUGGUCGACGAUUUCCAGCGCCAUGUACGGGCCCUGGCCAAACUCAACGAACCCGUGGAGUAUUGGGAUACGCCGUUGGUGAAUAUUAUGUCGUACAAGCUGGACCAAUCCACCUUGCGAGCCUGGGAGGAGAAGACAAGUACGCAGGAUGAUGUCAAAUACGACGAGCUGGUGGAGUUCCUCUACCAACGUGUGCGAGUGCUGAAUUCCGUCGGCUACGAGCAUCAUCAGCAGCCGGCACCGCCGUCAAAGGUGGCCGGGACCACCCCGAAGUCCGCCAAAAUCAAAUUCGCAGCCAGCGCCGCUGCAUCCUCCAAUACAACGCCAACAUGUUUCCUGUCGUGCCCCGACAAUCACGUUCUACGCAACUGUUUCAUCUUCCUUGGGAAGGAUGUACGCCUUCGCCGAGAGCUCGUAACGCAGAAGCGGUUGUGCUGGAAUUGUUUGGGCAGCGGGCAUCAAUCAAAGAAGUGUUCGUCGAAGUUCGCUUGUCGCACGUGUCGUGAGAAACAUCACUCGUUACUGCACGAUCCUGCUCUAUCGAAGUCGCCGAGUUCCUCCGUGUCAUCAUCAACCUCUACUCAGCAACCGUCUCCUUCCACAAGCGUGGAAUCCCAGAGCUCCGCUCCUCCCCAAGUCAGCAUGGCAGCCCAAACUGCAUGCAACACGGUUUUGUUGGAAACGGUUGUCCUCAACGUGAUCGAUGACCACGGCAAUGAGCACCAGGCGAGGGCCUUGCUGGACUCGGCAUCCAUGUCCAACUUCAUUUCGAAGCCAUUAGCGAAGCUACUCUUCAACCCCCGGUCGAAGGUGGACAUAUCCAUAGCAGGUAUCGGUCUCUCCACGCAGAACGUGAAAAGUGCAAUUACCGCCACGAUCCAAUCGAGAACACAGGAGUUUUCGACGAAAUUGGAGUUUCUCAUCCUCAAGAAUCCUUCGGCACAGCUGCCGACCAUUCCGAUCAACAUUUCGUCGUGGAAUAUCCCGAAGGUUGCCCUAGCAGACCCCCAGUUCCACGUUCCAGGAAGGAUAGACCUUGUCAUCGGAAGUGAAGCCUUCUGGGAGCUCCAUAGUGGUCGGAAGAUUCCGUUAGGAGACGGACUUCCAUGGCUGACUGAAACGCCAUUCGGAUGGGCCGUCGCUGGGACCGCAUCAAGCCAAUACAACUGUAUCCCUCGGAUCUGUAACCUUUCUACGAAAGAUGAUCCCCUAGAAGCCACCCUCCAACGGUUCUGGGAAAUCGAGGACAUCUCCGACGGUCCUGCGCGGUCGGUGGAAGAGAACCGGUGUGAAGAGCACUACGCAGCAACUACGACUCGUGAUCCAUCAGGGAGGUACAUCGUCAGUCUUCCUCGAACCGACAAUCUAAUGGUUGUCCUAGGAAGCUCCAAGGAAAUCGCAGAUCGCCGUCUUCUGAGUGUCGAGCGGCGUCUCGAACGUGAUCCUGUUACCAAGGACGCGUACCACCGCUUCAUGGACGAAUACCUCCAGCUUGGACACAUGAAGAAGCUCGAAGAACCGGUAGAUGAUGGUCAACCUCAUUGCUACAUCCCACACCAUGCCGUCUUCAAAGAGUCUAGCACGACAACGAAGGUCAGGGUCGUUUUUGACGCUUCGUGCAAGACGUCGUCCGGAUAUUCGCUGAACGACACGCUAUUGGUCGGCCCAGUUGUACAGGAAGACCUGUAUUCAAUUAUUCUGCGUUUCCGCAUUCGCCGCAUUGCUCUCGUUGCCGACGUAGAGAAAAUGUAUCGGCAGAUGCUGCACUUCCCCGAGGAUCGCAGAUUUCUACGAAUUCGUUUCCGUGAGAGCCCCAGCGAUCCAAUAUCCACCUACGAAUGGGGCACGUUCGGUACAGUGACUUACGGUACUGCCUCUGCCCCGUAUCUCGCCACGAAAACUCUGCAGCAGAUAGCUCACGAUAAUGGACAUCUGUAUCCAGCUGCUGUAGACCCAGUGAUUCACGACUGCUACGUCGAUGACCUGCUGUCUGGAGCUGACGAUGUAGAAUCAGCCAUUCAAGUGCGGGAACAAGUGACGUCUAUGCUCAACACUUCUGGCUUCCCAAUCAAGAAGUGGGCAUCGAACGUUCCGGAAGUUCUCGCCGGUGUUCCAACGGAAGACCUGGCCCUACAACCACUGCACGAUCUCCAGGACGAGCAGGCCGUUUCCACUCUGGGUCUUGUGUGGGAACCGAGAACCGACACAUUACGGUUCAAGGUCCAACUGCCACCACCGGCUGCGGUACUGACAAAGCGGAAAGUGAUGUCAUACAUCGCCCAAAUCUUCGACCCACUCGGUCUCGUGGGUCCUACCAUCGUAGUUGCGAAACUCUUCAUGCAGCGUUUGUGGGCGCUGAAACACAACGGAGAAACUUGCGAAUGGGAUUCACCGCUUCCGAUCAAGCUUCAACAGGAAUGGAAGGAAUUUCACUCCACACUACACAUGCUAGGCGAGGUUCGAGUUCCACGAUUCGCAUCUCUUUCGAAUGUCAUCAACCUCCAGCUCCAUUUCUUCUCCGACGCCUCCAAGGGAGCGUAUGGCUCCUGCUGCUACGUACGAGCUGAAACAAGAGAUGGUGUGUCAGUGCAGCUGCUAACUGCGAAGUCAAAGGUAGCUCCACUAUCUAGCCGUCAUUCCAUCGCCCGGCUGGAACUAUGUGCAGCGCGACUGUCAACGCAGCUUUUCCAGAAAGUGUUGGCCUCCCUGAAGAUACCAGCUCCAGCUUACUUCUGGACGGACUCCACUACGGUUCUCCACUGGUUACGGUCACCACCUAGCCGUUGGAAGGCAUUCGUAGCCAAUCGAGUGUCACAAAUCCAGCAUGCAGUCGCCGUGAGUCGCUGGAAACAUGUUCCUGGCAUCGAAACCCCAGCAGACGAUAUCUCACGGGGAUUGAAUCCAAUCGACAUUCUACAGUGCAAGCGUUGGUGGAACGGUCCUGAUUGGUUGACACUCUCUCCGGCGAACUGGCCGAAUCUCCUUCCGGCCGAUGAAGACGCCGAAGCUUCCACCGAAGAGAUGCGGAAGGUCCCGGUAGUUUCGAUGGGCGUCGUACAAAGCGAUUUCCACGACGAGCUGUUCGCCCGUUUUUCCAGCUUCUCUAAGCUUCGUCGUGUCUCUGCGUUCUGUUUGCGAUAUCUUCGAUCUUUGCAAGAACGCGCCAUGUUACGCCGCACCUAUCCGGAAAAGUACAAUCAGCUCACCCUCAACGAUGGGGAAGUCGUUCCUCUUACCUCCGCAGAACUACAAACCGCGGAGGUGCACCUCUGUCGUCUCGCACAACGUCAGUCGUUCGCUGAAGAACUUUCGGAUCUGGCCAGCGGGGAAAGAGUCACCAAAUCGUCAGCGUUGAAACGGCUGAAACCGUUCGUCGAUCAGAACGGCCUUAUUCGUGUCGGUGGCCGGCUGCGCAACGCCGCCCUCUCCGACUUCGUCAAGCACCCCAUCGUGCUUUCUGCCAAACAUCCGCUGUCGACUCUGCUGGCUAGUUUCUUUCACUUAAAGCUACUGCACGCAGGCCCUCAACUCCUGCUAGCCACGCUGCGCCAGAAGUAUUGGAUUCUUGGCGGCAGAAACUUAACAAAAUCCGUCUUUCACCAUUGCCACACUUGCUUUCGUAGCAAGCCCACACUAGUCCAGCAGAGCACAGCGGAUCUACCGGCAUCCCGAGUCUCACCAACUCGACCCUUCUCCGUCUGCGGCGUCGACUAUUGUGGACCGUUUUUCAUCAAGCCAACCGUCCGCAAUCGUGCACCAACGAAGGCCUACGUAGCCGUCUUCGUCUGUUUUGCUACGAGGGCCGUUCACAUCGAACUGGUGAGCGACCUUACUACGGCUGCUUUUCUGGCAGCGCUUCGUCGUGUCGUCGCCCGCAGAGGAAGAAUCGCCGAGCUGCACUCGGACAAUGCGACGACGUUCAAGGGUGCGUCUCACGCACUCAAUCGCGUCUACCAGAUGCUGAAGGUGGACAAUACCGACCGAGACAGGAUCUUCAGUUGGUGCUCCGAGAAUGAGAUUCGGUGGAAAUUCAUCCCGCCGAGAGCGCCACACUUCGGAGGCCUGUGGGAGGCCGCCGUCAAGUCAGCGAAGAAGCACCUGCUCAAGAUUGUCGGCAACAGCAGCAUCGCCUACGAGCCGAUGGUAACUCUUUUGGCCCAGGUCGAGAUGUGCCUGAACUCCCGUCCGCUGACGCCGAUGCCGAGUGAGCCGUCGGAUCUGGAGGUCUUAACACCAGGACACUUUCUCGUCGGGUCUAACCUGCAAGCGGUACCCGAAGUUGACCUACGUGAAAUUCCCGACAACCGUCUGGAAUCGUACGAGCUUGUCCAGAAGCACCUGCAGAACAUCUGGGCUCGCUGGUACCCGGAAUAUCUUCAGCAGCUGCAGUCCCGAGCUACCAAGGGCUGCAAUCCUCCGGUCGCCGUUGAGGUCGAUCGUAUCGUCGUCAUCAAGGAGGACAACGUCCCUCCUGCCAGCUGGCCGCUCGGAAGGAUUAUCAAGCUACAUCCGGGCAAGGAUGGUGUCGUCCGAGUAGUGACACUACGGACUGCACCGGGAAAGGACAUCGUACGAGCGGUUGCGAAGAUUGCUCUACUGCCGUCACCGAAUCCAAGUCUUUAA